CGGCUCGCGGGUAUUGAGAAAACCCUCAGGAGGAGGAACCAACAUUUUUUCAUUUACCCUUAUCAUCACUUCCUUACCAGCGCCAAAGCAAACACGCGCUCCUGAAGGUGUAUGAAACACUUAUCGAGAAACGGGUUCAAUGUUUCGGAUGAAAACGCAGCCUUUGAUUCGCUGGAAAGCUGUCAUUUCGGUUUAUUAGACCGUAGUAGACGAACGAUUCAAGAAAUCCAAACUAAGUGCGCACACAUUUCUAAAAUCUGCAGUCAUCAUCACUUUGAAGAAUAAUAAAUAGGCAUCCACAGUGAGUAAAGACUUAUCGUGCAUUGAGUUUGACUAUUGAACGUUCCAGUUUCAUCUGUAGAAACGUUUUGCUAUAGAGAUUUGAACACGCUACGCCAUAUGGAGAGAGAACUGUGUUGAACAACUACUGGAUUUCUUUUCUCGACCUAAAUCAUGGAAAGCUGACGGCGAGGACCUUGAGUGACUGUGUCUUACCAGGGAAGAAAACACUCUCUCCACAGAGUCAAGGCCUCUAAGACUCCAUAUCAAACUCUUACUUUAUCUGCAAAUCAGCUGAUCUGAGAGCUGUCAUGUCGGCGUACGGACAGCCCCAGUACAGCCCCGGCCUCCAGCCUGCGGGACCCUACCCACCAUACACUCACCAUGCCCAGGGUUACGGCAUGCCCUCCUACAACAUUAAGACAGAGGAUGGCCUUAGCCUCUCUCCAGGACAGACCAGUCUCCUGAACUACUCAAACUACAGCAGCACUCCCCCCAGCCAGGCUCUCUAUGGCUACUCUACACACGGUAACAGUAUUUCAUCUGGGAUUUUCCAGGGAGCCAACCCCAUCACAGGCUCAACUCCCUUCAACACCACACAACAGGACUUCUCAGGGUACUCCAGCUACAGCCAAAGCCAGUACUCACCAUACUACAACACACACUACAACAGCCCGUACCUCAGCCCUAGUGCCAUCACCACGUCCAUACCUUAUCAGCAUCCAGAACACCCCGCUGUGGUGCCCAAUCACAGCCCAGAGUCUCAAACAGGAGAGUACCAUCCCCCCUAGCCCCCCACCCCAGGAAAGACGGAGGCGGUGCCAGCCAGACGGAGCUCAGAUGGGAAACUGAGGGGCAGGAAAAGAGUCAGUGACCCACAGCCCCCCUGGACUCAGAUAUAGAGGUAAUGUUACAGCCCCCUGGACUCAGAUAUAGAGCGUGUGUUUGUGUGGGACCUAGACGAGACCAUCAUCAUUUUCCACUCUUUGCUCACAGGGAGCUUCUCCACCCGAUUUGGCAAGGACUCAUCCAAGGCAGUGUCGCUGGGCCUGUGGAUGGAAGAGAUGAUCUUUAACCUGGCCGACUCACGACUAUUCUUCAACGACCUGGAGGAAUGUGACCAAGUUCAUAUUGAUGACGUGGCGUCAGACGACAAUGGGCAGGACCUGAGCACGUAUAAUUUUGUCACAGACGGUUUCCAGAGCCCUGCGGGGGCCGGUACUCUGUGCCUGGGCUCAGGUGUCCACGGUGGGGCUGACUGGAUGAGGAAACUGGCCUUUCGCUACCGGAGGGUGAAGGAGAUCUACAACACUUUUAAGAACAACGUGGGAGGUUUGCUGGGCAGUCCCAAGCGGGAGGAGUGGCUGCAGCUGCGGAGGGAGAUGGAGGUUCUAACAGAUCUGUGGCUGACUCAGGCUCUCAAGGCCUUGGCCCUCAUAAACUCCAGACCAAACUGUGUGAAUGUGCUGGUGACUACAACCCAGCUGAUCCCAGCCCUGUCCAAGGUCCUGCUCUACGGACUGGGCUCAGCUUUCCCUAUAGAGAAUAUCUACAGUGCCACCAAGACAGGGAAGGAGAGUUGCUUCGAGCGUGUGGCUCAGAGGUUUGGUCGGCGAGCGGUGUAUGUGGUAAUAGGGGAUGGAGUGGAGGAGGAGUCUGUAGCCAAGAAGAAGAACAUGCCCUUCUGGAGAGUGUCGUGUCGGCCUGACCUGGAGGCUCUGAGUCAUGCACUGGAGCUGGACUACCUCUAGUGGGCACUAUCCCGUCAUGCCCUUAGCCACUUCCUGCCUGGUGAUGCCACUUCCUGUCCAAUGGACCAAUUUGGGGUUGAGGGCGGCGUCAAUUCACCACAAUACAGAAGCCAAGAAUAAGGGACCAAUCUUUGUAUCUUGCAGGGAAUCGCAAUUGUUACUGGAAAUAUUAUAUGUGCUUUCAUCCUUUUACACAGAGACUUUUACAUAUGAAAGGUAUCCCACGUUUCAACUUUAGAGCGUUGCACUGAAAAUAACAAUCUAGGUGAUAUAAGUGCAUUUUUCCUUACAUGGAGGAUGAAUAGUUGUGUUGUGUGCUCACUUUUCUUAUUAGGAAUGGGAUAGAUAAGAGGACAUCGUUAAAGGGCAAUUAGGCCACUCUUUAACCUCAUUUCCAUUAUCUCCAGCACCAUACCAGAGUCUAGAUAUGUGAAAACAUAUUUUUUUAAUGAUCUGUGGUUGAAAGUUAAGAAGAAAGGUCCUAAAAAAAUAUUAUCUGUAGCAUCACAGGCGAGGAUUAAAAGUAAGAAAACAGUGAUUCUCUAAACCUGCAACGAGUUUCAGGGGGAGGAUAUUUUCUUGCUCCCCAUGUCACUGCAAAUCUCACAGUGUUUGAAAAUCACUGUUUUUAAAUAUGUUUCAACUUUUGAUGAUGUCAUCGGGUAGAACUUGAUUUGUUUUUACAAAAUGUAGAAAUGCACUGUUUUCACAUAUAGUAUGUAGACACUGAUAUUGUGCUGGACAUUUUUAUUGUCCCCAUCAUAAGGUGCACCUGUGUAAUGAUCAUGCUGUUUAAUCAGCUUCUUGAUUUGCCACACCUGUCAGAUGGAUGGAAUAUGUUAGCAAAGGUGAAAUGCUCAUGAAUUUGAGAGAGAGAAACUUUGUGAGCAUCGAACAUUUCUGUGAUUUUUUAUUUCAGCUCAUGAAACAUGGGAACAACACUUUACAUGUUGCAUUUAUAUUUUUAUUCAGUAUAAAAUGAGGGUUGUGAAUGAGGAUUGGACAUUACCAGCAAGUUAUUAGAGAUAGCUAGAUCCUACCUUGACUCAAUUGUUUCACAUGGCUUUUUUGAUAGAAUGUUAAUUUAUAGUAUAACUACGGCCCCAAUAGUAGAUCUGUCUCAUUUUGCAGGUUAUUGAUGAAUUAAUAGUCUAAUAUUAUGAGCUGAGACCUAAAAGAGUAAUAAUGGGAAAAGAUUUGAGCAAAACUUACCAGCGACAAUUAUCAUUUUUUGAUGAGAUGAUAUGUGUCAUUAAUCAUUUCAUUUAAUAUCCUAUUCAUUUGCAACAACCAUUCUUAUGCAGUCUAUAUAAACCGGACCACAUACUCCCAACCCCACUGAAGGUGCCAUACCUCUUCUGGAUGAUGACAUUUUAAUCUAAUAUACCAAAAAAUGAGAAGUCAAUUAUCUUAUCCAUUCUGUGCCCUUUUAUGAAAAUAAAAUAUAAAUUGGUAAGAGCAGCUAGGCCAAGAUGUUCAGACAGACAGAGACCAACAGCAUUACUAAAACGAACAGCAUCUUAAUUAAUGAGUAUGGAAACGAAGCAAUCCUUUGACAAAGCAUAGGAAAAAUCAACUAUCCAUACCUUGUGAAACGUCUCUUUCAGCAUAUACAUUUGUCUUGGAGAGGACUUAGUCUAGCGAUUGAAUCUUUUUAUUAAGGAACACAUUUUCUGCUUCAUAAGUUGCUGGGUGUACAUUUGUUGUCAUCUUUCUCCAUGAAUGUUUAUGUAUAACUUGUAUGUAAUGAAAAUGCUACGAUAGUCUUUGGACUUGCAUGUGCCUAUUACACUGUCAGCUUAGCUAUGAUCUGUAUAUAAGGUUUUAUUGUUUCAACGGACAAUUAUAAUAGAUUAAUAAAGAUAAAUUAAUGACA